AGCACAAAGCCGAGCUUGCUUGCUUGCUUGCUGUCCAUUUGCAGCGCAACGUCUGAGGAAAGUUAAUUGGGUUUGAAAGGCGGUUCGUUUCCUCCGAUUUCUCUCCCCUUUCCAGCUCGUCUCUUUCUUCAUAUUCCUUGAUGAAACUGAAGAAAGCACUUCCGGCCAGUGCAGGAAUCAUAAGCAGAAACGACCAAUAAGAUAUGAAAGAGAAGGAAUUCUAACUGGUAGAAGUUUUCAGGUACAAAUUAGUUUACUUUUAUUUUAAUGGCGGAUACAGAAAAUACCCUCCUGGCUUCAAAUAAGAGAGCUGCUGGAAGGGAACUAUCUCGAGAUAAUCCCGGUCUUGAUGAUGAGGAAGAAGCCUCUGAACAGGAGACUGGGACUUUCAAGAGAGCUAGUGAUGAGGUCCUGGCUGGUAGAAAAAUUGUUAAAGUUUGUCGGCAUCAAACAAUAACUUCAUCAGCCCCUACUUCUAACCCUUUUGCUGCAGUCCGUUUGUUCCCUGCUGAAGCUACUGCAAAAAUAGAAGGUGAGAAAACAGUUUCAGAAGACUCAAACCAUGAUGAAAAUUGCAGGGAAAACAAUGAUGAUAGGCAAACAGAGAACAAGGCUGAUGAGGCAGUGGAAGAGUCUGUUGCAGAUGAAAAGAAACUUAAUACCAUUUUAGAGGGAAGUAAUCCUGAAUUAGCAGAUGAAGAGGAGACGAAAGAAGACAAAAUUGAGAAUGAAGAUAACGAGGAUACCGAGGGUGCCACUGCUGAGGUGGACAAGAAAGAUAAUGGUAAUGAAAACAUGACAGAAUCUGGAUCCUUCAGCUUGCUUGAGAAACUUUCAAGUAGCCAAAAUGCAUUUGCAGGAUUUGUGGGAACUGGGUUUUCGAAUUCUGCCUCUUCAUUUGGAUCCAUUCAAAAAGAUGAACCCUCAAUUGGUUCGGGUUCUCUCUUUGGACUAAAAACCAACCAGCCUUGUUCCUUUGGUUUCAGUUUUUCUAAUAACAGAAAUUCUUCUGUAUUUGGCACCCAAGGGGCUUCCAAUGAUGCUAAGACCAAGAGUAUUGGAUUCCCAUCGAUGCGGGAGGUUCCAGUUGAGACAGGGGAAGAAAAUGAGCAGACUAAUUUUGCAGCCAAGUCAGUGCUGUUUGAGUUUACUGGAGGAGGUUGGAAGGAGCGAGGGAAGGGUGUACUGAAGUUAAAUGUAUCCACGACUGACUCAGGGAAAGCGAGACUUGUAAUGAGAGCUAUACGAAAUCAUAGGCUGGUUUUAAAUGCGAGUAUUUACCCUGACAUGAUGCUGGCAAAUACGGACAGGAGAAGCAUAACAUUUGCUUGCCCGAAUAGUGCGGAAGGAGGAAAGGAGGACGGCUUGUCUACGUUUGCAUUAAAGUUCAAGGAUCAUUCAAUAGUCGAACUAUUCCGAGGACUAGUUGAGGAACAUAAACGCAAAACAGCUGCUGCUGUUGUUGCCAAGACACCAGACAGUUCUCCCAAGGAAUAAAGCAAUCAGAAGUAAUUCAAAUAAAUUACUGGACACAGAGUUCUAUUUUCUUGGAGUGCAGCUCUCUGUCGCAAGGGAUGGAAAUGGACAAAGAGGAGCUUGUCUAGAGUGGGUAAUUGUCUACGAACACUGUAAUAUGUAAGCAUCCAACAUCACCCGCCCCCCUCACUCUUUAUCUUGCUUUGUUCUUGUAAAGCCCUUUAUGUCAAUAAGUUGAAUAACACUCACUCUUCUGCCUUUACUUGUGUUGUCUUUGCGGAGGGGGGUGGUUUGCUUUAUGUACAUAUUUUCUUAUCAAAAUGUAUGUUAUCCUUGUAGAUUACUGUGUAAUAGUAGUGUUUUUAAGAGAGUUAUAAAUGAGUUGUAAGUAUGCAUAAAACUCUGUAUAUAUCAUUACCCAUCAACGAUGAUGCUAUC